GAGACCGCGAGCGCGAGCCAAGCGCAGUUGGCCGCCACAGCCAUGCGAAUGUGAUAGAAACGGGAGUCGCGAAAAUACGCGCAUGGACGCAGUCUAAGUCCGAGAGUUGUAUGCAAAUUAUGCGAAAGCGUUAUACAUGAAUGUGCAUAUAGUGAAGGGAGGAGGGCGCAUGCAGUAGGUACAACGAGAAAGAAGUGGUGAGCAGGUCGUGAGUCGUAAGCGGCGAGAGUGCGAGACGGACAACGGCUACGGGACGCUGCAGCCGUUCGUGUCUCUCCCCGCAAAACCUUGAGUGUGCGCGCUUGCUGGCAAUGUCGGGAAGUGACAGCCCAACCUUCUUUCACGGCCAGCCCUGGUCUAGCUGGAUCGAGAAAAUUGGCCGUGACAAACCCUUGAGUGAUGAUGAACCAGACACAGAGCCUGCAAGUUCAGUUAUGCGUCUUUCCGUUGAUGAUAUUGACUUAUAUGGAUUUUGCCCCGAAAGGGAUACUUUUUAUGGAGUUGUAUGUGAAAUAUGCAAUUCUAUUGUCAAACCGCAAGCUUUAAUACAGCACAUGGAAAGCCGACACCCUUCCGGCAGCACGAAUCUUCCACCGCCUUCAAAUUCGGCAACGAAGCCGUCUAUGAAGACACCCUACUGCAAACUGUCAAAACUGAAGAAAAGUCAAUCCUCGGUUGGCCUCGGCAUCGGCGGCAAUACCAGCAACGGCAACAAUCACACUUCGGUCAAGCAGCGGACUAUCGAGCAACAGCCGACCCUUCACUCGGGCGUCUCUGGCACCUCGCCACGAUCUCCCCUCGAGCCGUCCGGGGGCCUCGGCUGCGUCCAAUCGUCCGGCGGCCUGGCGAGCACCCUUGGCUCCUCAGGCAGCCCCGUCAAAAGCCCCGGGAGUCAGCAGCCCAAGCGAAAAAGGCUCAAAACCGAGCGCUCGCUACUCAAGGAUCGGGAGUACGACCCGGACCGGCACUGCGGCGUCUGGAACGAGGAGACCGGCAAGCCUUGCACGCGCUCUCUUACCUGCAAGGCCCAUACGGUCUCGCUGCGUCGAACCGUCGCCGGCAGGAGCAAGACCUUCGACAAACUGCUCGCCGAGCACAGGGCCGCGAAGGAACUCCCGAGCGCGAGGGCGCCGACGAAAAUAACCGGGUCCACGGCCGCGAGCGCACUCACGGGCGCCCUCGGUCUCGGCAACUCGGACCCGAGCCUCGGCGGAACAUUGGAGUCCAGCGUCGCACCCGGCCUGGCCACAGCCACGGCCCAACCCGACCUCGAGGCCCCGAGCUCGCCGCCGGUUCUCUCGCUUCCGGAUACUUACCCGCUACCACAGACGAAACUGGAAGAGGACUUUGCCAACGAGCUGGAAUCUAAUGGAAGAAUCGAGUCGUCGGUGGUGAGCGGCGUCGGGGGCGUCGGCGGUGGUGGAGCCGGAGGCGGCGGUGGCGUGGGCAGCGGUGGCGUUGUCGGCGGUGUCAACAGUGGCAUAAACGUCGGGGGCAGCGCCAUUGGCGGUGGGAGCAACAACGGCACUGGUACCGUAACCGGCAAUGGCGCCUCCACUAUGGCACCCAUCUCCGUGGUCCUGCCCUCGCUCUCGCCCAUAGCGACGGGCGGCAUGUCGCCCCAGGCCUCCCUCUUCCAGUACAAUCGCGGCCCCGGCUCGUCCUCGCCCCUCGGCGUCGAGCACAUGGGCAUGAGCAAACAGUCGCCGGUCUCGGGCUCGGUGGCGCCGGCACUUCUCCCGGUCAGCCACCAGUCCGGCCCGGCAUCGACGAGCCUCGCCCUCGAGGCCAAAACCGCGCCCCUCGAGAUCGACGCCGGCCAGAGCCUAGCCAUGUACGCCUCCUCGCCCGCGUACAAAGACAAAUCCCAGGUCACCGUCCAGAUAUCGCGCGCGAGCAUGAUGUCCCAGUCGCCGAUACCGAGCAGCUAUCCGAGCCUCUUCGACUCGGGCCUCGAGCAUCACCACCACCAUCAUCACCAUCACCACCACCAUCACCACCAGCAUCACGCGACUCAGGAUGCCGCGCGGACCGCCAGCCACGCGAUGACCAACGGUAAGCGCAUCGGCGGCCAUCACGCCCAGCUCGGCAGGCCGAAGCACGAAUUCCCCCAGGAGUACUCGACCGCGAUACAGCUCGAGGCUACCGCCGCCUCCACACCCUACGCGAACUUCAACGACAUAUCCUGGUCGAGCUGCCACCCCGAGCCCCUUGCCGUAAGUAGGUGGUUGCGCAUCACUUCUAGCCGUAAGCAGUACAACUUCAAUAUUCACUGACACAACGCUCUGCCCACUCCAGGCUGAGGACACUGCGCGCCACCUUCCAAACCCGGGAAAACAAAAUUGUUCACCCCUGUCUUUGAUUAUAUACGAUUUUUCUGGCGGAGUGGCGAAUUAUUAACGUUAAUUUAUCAUUUAACUCGUAUUGGCCUUUCGUAGCCGACUAUUUAGCUUCGCCCGAUUGAUAAUCCAUUUCUGCCAAUAC